UGCCAAACCAAGCACUGGAGUCCGGUCUGGGAGUAUAAUUUAUUUUGUGUUAAACAAACUGAUUGGUUAUUAGAAGCAGAUUGCUGAGAAGGUGAGAACCUAAGUCCCAGCUUGGCCUCGGAGCUCCCAGCCAGCAGCCCAGGUUCACACGUACAUGUGCCCUAGGCCAGACUGCCUGGGGUCCCUUCCCAAACUGGCUCUUGCUUACAUUGUGGGGUGGGUAGACACACUGCUUCUAGGAGCCACACUGCUUAGUGAUGUGCAGGGGAGCAGGGCACAGUCCUAUACAUCAAGGACCUGGCAGGCAGAAUUGGGGUCUCUCUCACCUCAGCCCACAGCCUUCCUGGAUCUUUGGGGCUCAGGGACAUCCUUUGCCACAGUGCUGUCUGGAGCUAGGACAUCGAAGACAAACUUGGCCCUUAUUCAUGGCAAUGGGAAGGAGAAAAGGAGGUGGCGGGACAGAAGGGGAGGGAGAACAAAGGGAGAGAAAAAGGGAGUGCUUAAAUUUAGUCCUGUUCUCAGUAUGUGUGAGGUUCCUGAAAGAGGGCCAAACUCCCCCAACCACCGUGGGGUUGGAGGAGCCAUCAAUAGACUUCUCCAGGCUUGGAGCUAGUCCUAGCACUCUGGGAGGCUGAGGUGGAAGGAUCUCUUGAGCUCAGAAGAUCAAGACCAGCCUGAGCAAGAGUAAGACCCCAUCUCUCAAAAACUAAAAAAACUAGCCCUGCUUUGUGGCAUAUGCCUGUCGUCCCAGCUACUUGAGAGGAUGAGGCAGGAGGAUUACUUGAGCCAUAAGAAUUUGAGUUGCUGUGAGCUAUGAUGCCAUGACACUCCAUCCAAGGUGACUCCAUCCAAGGAGACUCUCUCUCUCAAAAAAAAGACCUGUCCAAAAUGUUCCAGAGGUCUCCCAUCCCUAAUGCCAGGGACAGAGAAGAGAAAGACAAGUGAGGGCCCUGUCCCACCCAUGACUCCUUGUCAGAUGCCCAAAGACUCCAUGUGCCUGACAGGCAGCUGGUGCCUGGGGCCCCUCCUAUACACAGACCCCGGGUGGGGGGAGCCCUUUGUUCUCAGCCCCUACCCUUCUCCCAGAGUGUACACAUUGGAUGCCUUAGAGAACAGGGGCUGGCAGUGCUGGAACAAAGGGAAGUGGCCCAGCUAUAGAAGCCUCAGCCAGACAUGACACCCCCACCAUCUCCUGUGCAAACUGGCCAGGGCAGAAUUUCUCCCUAACAGGUGAGCACCCAAAACCCAUCCCAGAGUGACCACAGAACUGCAGGCCCAUUUUGGAUUCAGACAGUCCUGGGUGCCUCUCUCUUUAAGCACAAGACUGCCGGCCAUGGAAGUCCGCAUCAAUGUCUCAAGGCAGCAGGUAGAGAAGGUGUUCGGGCUGGAGGAAUACUGGUGCCAGUGUGUGGCAUGGAGCUCCUCAGGCACUACCAAGAGUCAGAAGGCCUAUAUCCGAAUCGCCUAUUUGCGCAAGAACUUCGAGCAGGAGCCACUAGCCAAGGAAGUGUCUCUGGAACAAGGCAUUGUGCUACCCUGCCGCCCACCAGAAGGCAUACCCCCAGCUGAGGUGGAGUGGCUCCGGAACGAGGACCUAGUGGACCCGUCUCUGGACCCCAAUGUGUACAUCACUCAGGAGCACAGCCUGGUGGUGCGACAGGCCCGCCUGGCCGACACAGCCAACUACACCUGCGUGGCCAAGAACAUCGUGGCACGUCGCCGCAGCGCCUCUGCUGCUGUCAUCGUCUACGUGAACGGUGGGUGGUCGACGUGGACCGAGUGGUCCGUCUGCAGCGCCAGCUGUGGGCGCGGCUGGCAGAAACGAAGCCGAAGCUGCACCAACCCGGCGCCUCUCAACGGGGGCGCCUUCUGUGAGGGGCAGAAUGUCCAGAAAACAGCCUGCGCCACCCUGUGCCCAGUGGAUGGCAGCUGGAGCUCGUGGAGCAAGUGGUCAGCCUGUGGGCUCGACUGUACCCACUGGCGGAGCCGUGAGUGCUCUGAUCCAGCACCCCGCAACGGGGGUGAGGAGUGCCAGGGCACUGAGCUGGACACCCGCAACUGCACCAGCGACCUCUGUGUGCACACCUCCUUCACCCCUGCCUCUCCCAAGGCCACACUGUCUCCUGCAGCUGCAUCUGGCCCUGAGGACGUGGCCCUCUAUGUGGGCCUCAUCGCCGUGGCUGUGUGCCUUGUCCUCCUGCUGCUAGUCCUUAUCCUCGUGUAUUGCCGGAAGAAGGAGGGGCUGGAUUCGGAUGUGGCCGACUCAUCCAUUCUCACCUCAGGCUUCCAGCCCGUCAGCAUCAAGCCCAGCAAAGCAGACAAUCCUCAUCUGCUCACCAUUCAGCCAGACCUCAGCACCACCACUACCACCUACCAGGGCAGUCUGUGUCCCCGGCAGGAUGGGCCCAGCCCCAAGUUCCAGCUCACCAAUGGUCACCUGCUUAGUCCACUGGGUGGUGGCCGCCACACGCUGCACCAUAGCUCGCCCACCUCGGAGGCCGAGGACUUCGUCUCCCGCCUCUCCACCCAGAACUACUUCCGUUCCCUGCCCCGAGGCACCAGCAACAUGGCCUAUGGGACCUUCAACUUCCUCGGGGGCCGGCUGAUGAUCCCUAAUACAGGAAUCAGCCUCCUCAUUCCCCCAGACGCCAUACCCCGAGGGAAGAUCUACGAGAUCUACCUCACGCUGCACAAGCCAGAGGAUGUGAGGUUGCCCCUAGCCGGCUGUCAGACCCUGUUGAGUCCCAUCGUUAGCUGUGGGCCACCUGGAGUCCUGCUCACCCGGCCUGUCAUCCUCGCCAUGGACCACUGUGGGGAGCCCAGCCCUGACAGCUGGAGCCUGCGCCUCAAAAAGCAGUCGUGCGAAGGUAGCUGGGAGGACGUGCUGCACCUGGGCGAGGAGGCACCCUCCCACCUCUACUAUUGCCAGCUGGAGGCUGGCGCCUGCUAUGUCUUCACCGAGCAGCUGGGCCGCUUCGCCCUGGUGGGAGAGGCCCUCAGUGUGGCCGCAGCCAAGCGCCUCAAGCUGCUUCUGUUUGCUCCUCUGGCCUGUACCUCCCUCGAGUAUAACAUCCGAGUCUACUGCCUGCAUGAUACCCAUGAUGCACUCAAGGAGGUGGUGCAACUCGAGAAGCAGCUGGGGGGACAGCUGAUCCAGGAACCUCGAAUCCUGCACUUCAAGGACAGUUAUCACAACCUGCGCCUGUCCAUCCACGAUGUGCCCAGCUCCCUGUGGAAGAGCAAGCUCCUCGUCAGUUACCAGGAGAUCCCCUUCUAUCACAUCUGGAACGGCACACAGCAGUACCUGCACUGCACCUUCACCCUGGAGCGUGUCAGUCCCAGCACUAGUGACCUGGCCUGCAAGGUGUGGGUGUGGCAGGUGGAAGGUGAUGGGCAGAGCUUCAACAUCAACUUCAACAUCACUAAGGACACAAGGUUUGCUGAGCUGCUGGCUCUGGAGAGUGAAGGGGGGGUCCCAGCCCUGGUGGGCCCCAGUGCCUUCAAGAUCCCCUUCCUCAUUCGGCAGAAGAUCAUUUCCAGCCUGGACCCACCCUGUAGUCGGGGUGCUGACUGGCGGACUCUGGCCCAGAAACUCCACCUGGACAGCCAUCUCAGCUUCUUUGCCUCCAAGCCCAGCCCCACGGCCAUGAUCCUCAACCUGUGGGAGGCUCGGCACUUCCCCAACAGCAACCUCAGCCAGCUGGCUGCGGCUGUGGCCGGACUGGGCCAGCCAGAUGCUGGCCUCUUCACAGUGUCAGAAGCCGAGUGCUGAGGCCGGCCAGGCCAAACGCCUACACUCUCACCAGCUUUGGCACCCGCCAGGGACAGGCAGAAGCCAGACAGGGGCCCUUCCCCCAAACCGGGAAGAGCUGCUUGGACAGGCCCCAUCCGGCUGAAGUUGUCCCUUAACACUGGUCCUUCAGACCCUGCCCAAACUCCCACCCCUCCAUGGCCUGCCUGACCAGGCUGGCAGUGCCACCUGUUCACAUUCUGCCCCCGAGCCCAGGGCAGACAGUGCCUGGAGCCUGGGCCAGGCCCAGCCCAUCUGUAUGUGUGUAUGUGUGUGUGAUGCUACCUCUCCUCCUGCCCCCGCCAGGGCCCCGCAUACACACAGGCAUGCAUGCACACACUGGGCUUGGGACAUGGCCCCCAGAGCUCCUGCCUGAGGUGGACCUUAUGCAAACAUUUCUGUGCCUGCUGGGUAGGGCACAUCUGAGGGGCCUGGCUCCAAGCCUGCAGGGCCAAGGGUCACAGCCGGACAGGGGGUGGCCCCUGGGUUCAGGCACAUGACCACCACACGAGCAUACGCCCACGCAUGUCUCGUGUGCUCAUCUCACAUGCAUCCCCUUCUGGGUCAUGCAGACACCCCACCACUACCACACACACAUCUCAUGCUGUACACCUGGAGGCUGCUCACGUCUCUCAUGCCCGGUGUCGGUGCACAUCUGCCUCUCACAUGCUGCCCUCUCCCACCCACCCAGGGACACCCAACGGCUCCUCCCUGACCUUCCCCUCUUCCCCUCGCCUCGAGGUGCCCUGCCCGGCGGGGCAUGUGAAUAUGCAAUGGGAGUCCUGGGCUGUACAAUGGCGAGUGUGUGUGCCGUGGCAUGCCCGUUCCUGAGGCUGGCUGGUACCCCCAUGCGGGGCCUGUCAUGUGAAGCUCGUGUCCUGACUCUGUCUUAAGUGCAUUCACGCACUUACACUUGGCCUUAUGUACACAGCCUUGCCCGGCCGCCGGGGCGCAUAGGGAUUUUAUCGGACGUGAAUGUAAAUAAAUUAUAUAUAUAUAUUGCUAA